AUGAAUCAUGCCUCGAAUGUCGCAGCUGGGUGGACUGUUACCAUUCCUGCCUCAAGCGGUGCCCUGAUAGUUGCCGCUCUGGCUGUCCUGGUUACCACGGCGGGAGGGGCUGCAUGGACCAUUGCUGCGUUCGCACUACAUCAGUAUCGGGCCAGCGGCAAACCAGAGACGGGCCUUUCCCGCACAUUCCAAGUCAUCCUGCGUAACGCGGGCAGCUCGACUGCUAGCGCCCUAGAAAUUGUUCAAGUUGGACACGCAUGGAGUGGUUCGRUCAGCCACGCCAAGGUCAAAGCCUACUGCCUCGCUCUUUGGCCUUUGAUCAUCAAGAUUGCUUUCAUCGCUGCAAGUGUUUYUGUGGCAAAGGUUGCGAUCAGCGCCCACGAGGUCAACGUGAUACGUUUGCGGCCGACCAACUGUGGAAUGGAAGUUGUCGGAGCCACUAACGACUCCUCUCCCAACUACGAUUACACUUCGAAACACGUUCAAGAUAUUCGACAGAGCCGGGCAUACGUCGAAGCAUGUUACAACARUCCUAAUGGCAGUCUGGGCUGCACCAACCUGCCUGUACAGCGACUGCCGUUCACCAACAACACAGAGGCCAUAUGCAGGUUCGGAGAGCUCUGCCUCAAGAUGGCUGACAAUGCUUUCGGUCUGGACACUGGCAUUCUUAAUUCGCAAACUCAUCUUGGCAUCAAUGCCAGAGAUAAUGACCGGGUGAACUUUCGAUUUUCGACAACUUGCUCCGUCUUGAGUUACAAGGACUACACAACUUUCAAGCCCGAUCCCAACAGCAAUGACAACUCUACCAUCUUCGACAUUAACUAUGGCGGAGUCGGUUUCAAUGGCACAGGUUCGAACUACACAUGGCAGCACAAGAAUCUGGCGACAAGUCUCAACCUCCCGUAUACUGUACAAACCAUGUUGAACUAUGCAGGACCACGGAGCACCAAUCCUAAUGGCUGGUAUCCGAUUUCUCCACUCAAUCUCUCCGAUGCAGAUACAAGUCUUGUCUUUGUCGCUGCGAACAGCGUCUCCUACGAAAUGCCCGUGUUUGAUCCUCUCUAUGCUGCAAACACUAGCUUUCCUGUCAAUGAACAGACCUGGUAUUUGUCAGACAGGUGGUUCAACAUCGUAGGCUGCGCAGACCAAAUCGAGAUCUGCAAUCCAGCGGUGGGAGGUUCAUGCUCUGGACCCAARGGCUCGAUCCAGGUUAUGCCUUAUACUGAGACCCUCGGCCUGAGCGACACUCAAAAGGCCACCGCCGCUAGAAUCGUACUCGCACAUGCGGUCUCUCAUCCGCAGCACGUCGUCUCCAGUCUCCGUUCUACCGCGUUACUUGCAAACGACCUUCUAGUGCUAGGAACAAAUUCGCCCGGCUUACCCGAAACACAAUGGCACUUGGAGACUACCAAAUGGUUCCAGACUACUCUCGCAAAUAUACAACACCGUAUCGUCGACUUUCCAACCAACGACUGGGCUUCAAGGCGCAAUCCUGCCGACUGGCAGACGAGCGAUUCAAUCGACUAUAGCGUUGUGGCUCCUAGAAACUGGCAAGAUUCCUAUGCACCAGCGCUUGAGGAAUUAUGCCACCAACAGCUGGUCAGGAGUACAGACCAGUACCAGUCUUUCCUACUCGUGGGAGUAUUGAUCGUGAUAAUUGUCAGUUGUGCAAUCAUCAUCACCUCUUGGACGCUUGAGCUUUGCGUUGAAAACCGGAAGAGUCGGAAACCAGGAGGAUCGAAGCGACACAAGCUACUUGCGCAUAUUGGAGAUGGUAAAGCGCACUUGCUUUACACCGCAUUGAAAGGGUCGGGAUAUGAUGGCUGGCAGGACGAGUUAGAGGCUCUUCCACAUCGGUCACCACCGGAUCGGUCUCGUCAACGCGAUGUUGCAGCCCUCGUGGAGGGUCCCGAUGGCUCCAUCAUGUUUCCUGGACCCCGGAACGAGACCGUCGAUGCGGGCAUCGGUCCUGGAUCAUCAGAAGACGAAAAGACUCCGUCUUACAGUGUGGCAUUGCUUGGAGGCCAUACGCUUGUAUGA